UCUCCUGUGUCAGGAAACAACAAAUGGCCGCAAUUGAUAGUUUCGAUUUUUUGCUAAGGGAAGUUUCAAAAUUAUGUUCUUACUACAGAGAUGCAUUGGCGGUGCUUGGCGCGUUGUAUGCAUCGAGACAAGCAUUAAAAGUUGUUUAUUGCAUACUGAAAUCUGGAAAUGAUCACGUGUUAACCAAACUCUCAAGCCUUGUUGACUUAAGAAGAAACUUCGGCAAAUGGGCAGUUGUUACAGGAAGCAGUGAAGGAAUUGGAAAGGCUUAUGCCAGGGAACUAGCAAAGCGUGGCGUAAAUGUUAUACUGAUCAGCAGGGGAGAGAAUCGCUUAUUUAGGACUGCAAAAGAAAUUGAAAAAGAUUUUAAGGUUGAGACUUGCACUAUUGCUGUUGAUUUUAACACAGGAAAAGAUGCAUAUCCAAUUAUAUGGGAUAAGAUUAAAGACAAAGAAAUUGGUAUUUUAGUGAACAAUGUAGGAGUGAUGUAUGACUACCCUCAGUAUUUCCUAGACGUCCCUGAGGAGAGAUUGUGGCAGCUUAUCAAUGUCAAUGUGGCAGCAGCAACAAUGAUGACACAUAUGAUAAUGCCUCAGAUGGUUGAAAGAGGUAAGGGGGCGGUAGUGAUGGUGUCCUCGGGGGCGUGCUCACAGAUCACUCCUCAGAUGACAGUGUAUGCUGCUACAAAGAGUUUCCUCGACUACUUUGCCAGGGCACUUAAUUAUGAAUACAGGAAGACAGGAAUAAUAGUGCAGUCUCUGAUGCCAUUCUAUGUAGCAACCAGAAUGACCCGCUUCAGUCAGACCUUAUCUAAUCCCAGCCUGCUGAUCCCCUCAGCUGAACAGUACGCCCAAAACGCUGUGGCCACCCUGGGCUACACAACUCGUACAUCGGGAUACUGGCCACACACAGUGCAGGCUUGGUUUGCUAACUGGAUUCCUGAAUGGUUGUGGAUGUGGGGAGCCACGGGACUUAAUAAUGCUCUACGAAGACAAGCCGAACAAAAGAAGAUCAAGAAAACUCUAGUCAGAUCAGAAUCUAGCGAGUUAGAUUUGUCCAAAUACUCAUAAAAACUUAACUUAUUGAGGGAGAUUAUUCUCUCUGUGAUGCUGAAUUUUCCUUGUCUGAAUGAGGUUGUAAAUCAUGGUAUUAGCUUCAGAUCAGUUUAACUGCUGUAGAAAAUGAUGUCUAAAUGUAUUUCACUAUGUGACAGUUCAAGUGCUAUUUUGUGUUCCAUGUUGUAUAAGGGAGAACCAUACUUAUUAUACUCCCAGUGCAAAUGCUUCUGUGUCUAGUGUCCCAGGCAGCUUACCUCUUCUGUUGUUAUGCACUGUGUAAUACUAAAGGAAUGAUAAAUUGUUCGUAACAGAAAAAAAUGUAUUUAUAGACUUACAACUGACACAAUCCGUAAUUUAAUUAUUUUGUUUACCUUCUCCCAUCUCAAAUUCUGAAUCUGCUGCUGUACAUUUGUUGAUUUGCAUUGAUAAAGUUCUUGUAUUUAUAAAAUCAUGUGCUGCAAUCCAUUUGAUUACCACUGUUGAUACAUUGACAAUGAAGAUUUUUUAAGGUAUUAAAAAAUAUUAUAAAAGCCUCA